GCGUGAGUGUCACAUGCCACUGACAGGCAGUUUGACACCUUCGCUUCCCCCAAAAGGACGCACACAGAUCAGCCACUAAUCUCUCUGGACCUGCAGGAGACGGACGGCAAUGGCGACCGAUGCCAACCAGGCAACUUUGGACUUAUUGCUCAGCCAAGCCACAGACCCGAAAAAUCAGGAGGACAGAUGGGACUGCAUCCAGGGCUUCUACCAGCUCGUUAACGAAGAGACUGAUGGCCCACAGGUAGCCAUUCGUCUUCUUGCCCAUAAAAUCCAGUCACCACAGGAGAAAGAGGCUUUGCAGGCUCUCACUGUUCUCGAGGCAUGUAUGAACAACUGUGGAAAGAGGUUCCACAGCGAGGCCGCCAAGUUUCGCUUUCUCAAUGAGCUCAUCAAAGUUUUAACACCAAAGUACUUUGGCGCGUGGACUCCGCAGAAAGUUAAAGACAGAGUGACGGAGGUCCUCUACGGCUGGACUCUUUGGCUUAAAGAAGAACCCAAGAUUCAGGAAGCCUACUGCAUGCUCAAGAAACAAGGUAUUGUGAAGAAAGAUCCCAAACUGCCAGACACCGUUAUAAUGGCGCCUCCACCACAGAGAACCACAGAAUCAGUUUUUGACCAGGAGGAAAAGGCCACGCUAUUAGCAAGAUUAUUGAAAAGUGGCCGUCCUGAAGACCUGGAAACUGCCAACAGACUCAUUAAAAGCACCAUCCAAGAGGAGCAGGAGAAGGCAGAGAAAGUGUCAAAGCGUGAAUCUACUCUGAAAGAAGUGGAGAGCAGCACCAAACUGCUCAGAGAACUACUGGACACGCACACAAUCGCUGGAACCUCGUUAGAGCUGAGUGAUGACGUGAAGACCCUUUACGAGCGCUGUGAUCAGCUGAGGCCCAGCCUGUUCCGCCUGGCCAGCGAGACGACCGACGACGACGCAGCUCUGGCACAGAUCCUGGCGGCUAACGACGAGCUUACACUCGUAGUAAAUGCCUACAAAGACCGAGUGGGGAGGAGAGAGUGUAACGGUGGAAGAGGAAGAAGUAGAAGUGAGGAAGAAAUGGAGGGUAAAAAUAAUGCUCCAAAGAGUCCCAGAGAGAUUAAAAGCUACCACCUCAUCGACCUGUCAGCACUGGACUCUCCACAGACACACAGAAAAGCUGAUUCACCACCAUCCUUCAAAUCCUCCUCACCCAUGUUUUCCUCCCUUCUCGGAAGUACCUUCCACUCAGUGGCUGACCAAGACUUUAAUUUAUUCGAGUUAGAUAAUCUGAUCCCAAAACAGACUCAGGAGACUUCAAGGUCAUAUUAUGAAGAACUGCUGCAGCUUAAUGAAGAGAUUCAGAUGACAAAUGCGGGGCAGAAUGGAGGGAGAGGCCCUUUGUUGAGAGCCCGUGGAUGUGGGGGGAGCAGUGCUACAUCGAAUGAGACUAACAUUUGGUCACCCCCACAGAGUCAACUCAACAAAGUGUUGGGAUCUCCAGUGAAAUUGGAGGAGAGCUCUUGUCCCCAACAAGUCCUGAACAACAUCUUUGUUCCAAUGGAGACCAUCAAAUCUAGUAAUCUUGAGCCAAUCACUUUAUUCGAUCAGGGCGGGAUCCAUGUCUCCCUUCAUUUUGCUAAAGACUCUCCGCCGGGUCAUCCAGGUGUUGCUGUGGUUGUCAUCUCCACAGUGAACACAUCUGCCCUUGAUGUGAAAGACUUCCUGUUUCAAGCUGCUGUCCCAAAGACCAUGUUAAUGAAACUUCAGCCUGCGUCAGGGACACACCUACCUGCUUACAACCCUCUCCUGUCUCCGCCUGCCAUCUCCCAAGUCGUCCUAUUGGCUAAUCCUCAGAAGAAAAAGGUGCGUCUACGCUACAAGUUGACUCUGACACAAGGAGACAAACAGCUGAGCGAGACCGCAGAGAUUCACAACUUUCCAGACUGGACCUCUUUGAUUAACCACUAAAAACUUAAGAGACUUGGAUUUAAAAAAAAAACAACAAAAAACCCCAAAGAAACCUCUGAAAUUAAGGUUUUGAACCCAGUGAGAAAGAAAAUCGAAGGUGGGAAAGUUGUGGCCAUGCCUACAGUUGAUCAUCAUGAGGUAAACAAAGUCUAUCAUUUCUGAAUUUUGUAACAUAGUUUCAAGUAUGAUGCAUACCGAGAAAUAAUUACAGGAUUUAUAUUAUUCUAAAAAAGUGGGUAACAUUUCAGGUGGGUUGGUGCAUCCCUGAUUGUACCUGAUUCAGGUAUUCUGCUGUGGUGUCUUAAGUGUGGUGUUUCUGCUGCCUGUUGUUCAAGUGCAGUUUGAUGACACAGUAUGUUCACUGCAACCAUGUGAAUGCUGACAUGUAGCUGGUCUUCAUAUGAAAUUUGGUAUUUAUUUGCCAUUGUGGAUUUGUGACAUUCAAAAUUACCAAAGUGUCUUAAGAUAGUGGGUGUUUUCAAUAUGUAUUUAUUUUAAGAAUGUGGCUGCUUUAAAGAAUGUAUGUGUGCAUGUGAGAAACCUUCAGAGAUCUAUAUUUGGAUGUAAUUUGUUGUGCCUUUGUUUUAGUUUUUUUUGCUUUGGGUUGUAUAAUUGCUGAAAAGCGUAAUGGUACCAUUGCACUGAUGUUACAUUUUAUACAAGUUGGUGGCCAAGAGCUCUAAACACUGCAACUUAAAACACAAGCAAAUAAAGGAAAGAUCUUCACCACUGUGCCAAAAACAUGGGCAACAUUUAGAAAAAAGAAAAAACUAAAUUCUGCAAAUAGAUUAAGCACAAGCAAAUCAAAAAACACUUUUUCCAAUUUGACAACACGUGGAAUAAAAGAAAUGUGCUGCAUAUACAGAAACACAGCAAAUAGAGAAAUUUCCGCAGGACAGUAAAAACUGAUGUCUGCUAAAUAAUGACGUUAAAACAAGCAAAGAAUGUUUACUUUAGUUUUAACUUUGUUUUAACAGAUAACGGCUUCACCUAUUUGUUACCUUGUUCUCAUUAGUUGCAUGUUCACCAGUGUUGCAGUAUGUUCAGUUGGCAAAAUGACUGCCUGUAUGAGAGAUGACAUGUUAUGAUGUAGUGGGACAAAGUGGGGGCUCUUAUUGUGAAAAAAACUGUUCAGUGUUGUGAACAUGGCCAUCGCCAAUAAAGACAUAAGUGUAGGGUUUCAAGAUGAUGCUUGAAUAAUUUCAAAAGGUUGUCUUCCUGUCCAUUAACAUUUUAGUGUUUUGUUUUUUUUCUCACAAUAAGAGCUCCCACUUCCUUCCCAAUACAUGAGAACAUGUAAACUCUUAAACAGGAAGUUAAUUGACCAACUGAAUAUUAUGCAACCAGAAUGAAAAUAUUAACAUUUAAUGCAGCCCAGAAACUUCUAUUCUGUUGUGACUUUAUAAUUUGCUUGUGUUUUAUUUAUUUAUUUUAGCAGUUUGACAAAACAGACUUCACAUUUAUAAGUAAAAGUUCUUAAUUUUCUUGUAGUGGUUUCUUACGUUUCAGUGGGUUGAGCUCUCUCAGCCACCACAGAGUUUAGACUGUUUGGUUAACUCGUCUACGUUACUGUUCAUAUGACCAGAUCAGUGUUUCCUGAUGAGUUGUUUUGUACUGUGAAACAUAAUAAUUUGAACCCAGAGCAACAAAUUAACCUGCUUAAUCGUUUAUAAGUGUUAAGUUCAAAACAGGCAGCACUUUGUCAGAAGAUUUCAAUUGAAUUGCAGCCAAUUUUAAUAUUGUUUUUGAAUGCUUGUCUGCCUGUGAGUCCAACACUGUCUGUCAUAUGUCAUAAAUAAAUACAAAUACAUGUGA